AUGACCGGCGAGGGAAAUUUCAACUGGAGAUUCAUCUUUCCUUUCAAAUACUUGCCAACCGAAAACGUGGUGGUAAUAGUGAAAAAGGAGUCGUUAUUCUCGUCCGAAGAGACAGAGUACAAGUUGCCUUGUCGCCUUACGUUGGAAGUGUGGGAUAACGAUGUAGUCUCGAGCGAUGAUUUCUUAGGAAAUCUAUCGCUAGAACUGUCCAAGCUUCCGCGCGGAUCCAAGUCCGCAAAACAUUGCACCUUGGAAAGUUUCAAUCCCGAUUCUCCUUGCAUAAAUCUUUUCAAGCGGAGACGAACGAAAGGGUGGUGGCCGUUUCGUGCACUUAAUGAAGAAACUAACUGCGAAAUCUUAGCGGGGAAAGUCGAAUUGGAAUUUCAGUUACUUACAGAAGAAGAGGCGAAGAAGGAGUCUGUUGGAUUUGGAAGAUCUGAUCCGCAAGCUCUUCCCAUGCCGAAGAGACCUGACACUUCGUUUUUGUGGUUUAAAAAUCCUUUAAAAACAUUAAAAAUGAUUAUUUUUAAGCAAAACAAGUGGAGACUUUUAAAAUGUGCGUUGUUGAUCUUUUGUGUGUACUCCAUUUUUUCAACAAUAAUGUCAUUGCCGCAGAAUAUUGUUAAGAAGAUUAUGAAGGUGUAGUAGUACCAGUCAGUUUAUAUGUACCUAUAAUUUAUUAGGCAUAUACCUAUACAAAGCUAUUGAUUCUUUAAUUAUUUACGUGUGGCUGCAAGUAUAAGAAUUCGAUCAUUUCGGACUUACUUUACCUAU